AUGAAGUACAUAGUGCAGACAUCACCACUUGGGUUAGCCAUCCUCUUUUGUAUUUGUGUCGGCAUCUCUUCUGGCUCCGAUCAAAGCGAGGACGAUUGUGGCGUUAUAUACGUGGACAAAACGGAGGUGGACAAAAAGAACUAUGUAUAUGAACCUUUACGGACUCUGGAAUAUUUUUCUCAGUGGGAAAGGAUGACGUCGAGACUUCGUGAGAACUCCAGGGCGUUUAGCUAUAUACAUCGACUGUCAAAGGUUGAGGAGGAAGAUCCGCAUCCAUCAACGGGGACGCCUGUUUGUCCAAGUGAAUCAAAGAAAAUACAUGGAUAUUUCAAACAUGACGGUAAAGUACUGUGUUUGGUAGCAAGACCGGAUCUGCAAAAUGUGCAGGAGAUAACCUGCACAAGGGAAUAUUGCUGUGACAAUGCCUCGCGAUGUUCGGAAAGUGGAGUCUUUACACAAAGGUUUCUCGUGUUCUGUGACUUUUUCAUUCCGGACAAAGAUUAUUACUUUGACAUAAUUCAGGACGAUCCUAAUCUGUGUAACACUGACGCCCUCAUCGAGGAUCAAGAAAGCCCAGAUCGGAGAAGGCGUUCCUCCUCUACCACACACACCGGCUAUUUCGCUUUCAAAUUCUCUGAAUUCGCUUCCACUUGUUCUUGUGGUCUUUGUUACGAAAUAUAA